AUGUUAGGCAGUUAUAGAGUAGACGCCUAUCGAUAUGGCUAUGAUGUCGGAAAGACUGGAAACUUCCAUCAUGAGACGCGGGGCCCGGACGGUGUUACUUAUGGUUGCUACGGUCUGAUCGAUCCCUAUCAUCUGCUUCGCGCCACACAUUAUGUGGCUGAUGUACAUGGCUACCGCACGGUGGAGCCGGAGAAACCAGUGGAGACCUUCCCGCCCGGUCUAUACAAUGAGACGAAAGGUGGUCCGUCUAAGCCUGGCAUUCUGCUCCAGUGGGACCAGCUUUAUUUCCCCAUUGGCUGCGGCAAAUUCAUAGACGGUGCCGUUCCUGACAUACCCUAUUUCAUCGUGGAUGAAAACAAGCACCACACCAGUAGCUCAACCGGCUCCUCAAUUAGCAUUCCACCACUGAAGGGUGAGGCACAGAAGAGCUAUAAAAUUAUCAAGCAGGGACCGAAGGGUCUGUUCAAUACGGGCGAGGGACAUACCUACGAGGGUCCUGGCGAUCAAGCUCCGUCCUCCCAUUCGGUGGCAGCCCUAAGACCCGGAAGCGCAGGCGGCAAUGAUGGAAGGUACACACCAGAUAAUAGGCCUUACGAGCAUAUUGUGGGCCCCCAAGGCGGCCAGGGCGGUUUCGGCCCCAAUGGAGGAUCGUUUAGUCCAAACGGAGGCUUCGGUCCAAAUGGCGGACCGAACGGUCCGAAUGGAGGUUUCGGCCCCAAUGGAGGAUUUGGACCGAACGGACCAAAAGGUCCAAACGGCCCUAACGGCCCAGCAGGUCCUGCUGGCCCAAAAGGGCCCAACGGGCCACCUGGCCCCAAGGGACCUCCUGGACCACCCGGACCACCGGGACCUCUCGGCGUGGGACUGGGAGCCCCAGGAAAACCGGUAUAUAAGGAAGGCAAUCGUACUAGCAUCGGGGCUGGCAACAACAUUGGCGAUGGAGAUGCCAACGGCCCAGGUGGCGGUUCUGGCGUCGGUGACGGUGACAGAUACCGCCCUGGCGAUGGAGCCGGUCGCGGCAAUGGUGGUAAAUACCGCCCCGGCACUGGCUUCCGACCCGGUGACGGUGAUGCUCAUGUGGUCGGCAGUGGUUCCGGUCCAGGUCGUCCUGGCAUUUACCGUCCCGGCCAAGGUACCGGUGUUGGUGACGGUGAUACUACCGGACCCGGACCUCUGGGCGGAGGCGAUAGAAUCCGUCCUGGUGGUGGUGGCAAUAUCAUUGAUGGUAAUGCCUAUCGACCAGGUGACGGUGGUGCCUAUCGCCCAGGUGGUGACCUAAAUAUCGGGGCCGGCUCUGGCGGCCGUCCGGGCGGGGGUACUGGUGGCUACAGCGGCAACCAACCCGACAACAGUGGCGCCUAUACUGGAGACACCAAUACCGGUUUUCCUGGGGCAAUCAAAUACACAUCAGGUGUUAAUGAAGGAAAAUACUAUCAUGAUGAUUCUGGUAAAUAUGUGCAUGUUGAAGGACCCACUGGACCACCAGCCCCACCAUAUGUGCAUGUAGUUGGACCUGAGGGCGGCGUCGGCGGCAAUGGAGGCAAAGGCGAUGGCGGCGGUUUCGGUCCCAACGGACCCGGCGGACCAAAGGGACCUGGCGGACCCGGCGGACCACGCGGACCAGGCGAAAAGCUUAGCACACAACACUUUGGUGAUUUGACUGUCUCGGGCUAUGGUAUAAAUGUUAUGCAAAUUCUUAUAGGACCACCCGGACCUAACGGACCCGAUCGUCCAGGACCUAAAGGACCAUUCGGCCCACCAGGACCUCCCGGACCACCUGGUCCCACACGUCCAGGCCCACCCGGACCUCCCGGACCACCCGGCCCUCAACGUCCAGGCCCACCAGGACCACCCGGACCACGUCCACCAUACAAGCCAGAUGAUCCCAGAUAUUCGAACAAGGAUCCCGAGGCUUACCUGCCGCCAGUUGAGGGUAAAAUCGUCCCACAUCCACCAUCAAGCUCACAAGUCAUUCAACCGAGUUUUAAGCCACCAACUUUCAAGCCAAAUUAUGAACAUAACGAUAAUUUUGUGAUUAAGAAAGUGCCAACUACUAAACCACCACUAACCUAUAUUCCUCCUUCUUCCCCAAAUACCGUUCCUAUCCACGUUCCUGCGAAUCCCACACCACGACCACCAACCAAAAUAAUUACCACGACUCAACCAAAGGUCCCGGCUAUCACUAUUAAUACGGAAAGACCAGUAAAAGGCAUUACAAAAGUACCAACGGGUAAUAUAAUUACACCUAAGAUACCCACACAAGCACCCACACGCAGACCAACACCAGCACCGACACCGACACCCACACCAUACAAACCAAUACAGCCACAACCGCCACUCUUUGUCAACACUCCGAAGCCGGUGCCCGUGGUACCGAUCGAACCAAUACGACCAACGAUCAGUGUGCCGACAUAUAACCCAUCGACACCCAGGCCAUUUGAGCCAGCACCGACCUACAGACCGACUGCCCGACCACUCAUUUACAUUGAACCGAAGCCGGUGAAACCGGUUUACGUUGACCGAACGCCAAUCACCAGCAAGAAUGUAACUCCACGUCCCUCUCCCCCAUUGCAUGUGACGUCGCAACCGCCAAGCAGCGAAACCUGCGUUUGUAAUGCCGAUAAGCCGCACUCUUCAAAGCCAACCUAUACCUCCUCCACAUCCUAUCCCAACUCGAAUCCGGCCUCGGUCGACUUUAACAAACAAUUCACCGGCUUCAAUGGAAACCCGAAUUUCGGCAGCAUAAUGAACGCCAUGUCACUAACCCAACUGCCCGUCGUGCCACAGGCACCUGGCCUGCCGGCCUUCUACCCACCCGACAAGAUUCCUAAGGGUGCUGUGAUCGCCUUCAUGCCCGUGGUCAUACUGCCAGCGGAGUACUACGCCAAUUGCGAUGACAAUUCGAUUCACACGCCAAACAAAUAUCAAACUGUGGAUCCCUUCCCACUGGGCGUCCAGCCAGCCACGAUACCGAGCAGCUUCAGUGUGCACUCAAUUUUCUCAGGCGCCGGACCGAAGGAUCAAUGUAUGUGCCCAUGCUCCUGCACCCAGAAUCUGGACAAAUAUCACAAGAAACGCGAGGCUAAUCCAGCAGACGCACCCGAGGUGACAGCAACUGUUGAGGAGAACGUCAAGCCAGUGGAACCUGUUGCGGAGGCUUCCACGCCUGUAGAUGUCAAAGCUGAGGCACCAGUUGCUGCUGCUGCCACGCCUGUAGAAGUCAAGGUUGAGGCACCCGUUGCUGAGGCAUCCACGCCCGUGGAAGUCAAGGCUGAGGCAUCCACCCCAGCUGAAGUGAAGGUAGAGGCGCCCGUUGCUGAGGCGUCCACGCCUGUGGAAGUCAAAGCUGAUGCACCCGUUGCUGAGGCAUCCACGCCUGUAGAAGUCAAGGUUGAGGCACCCGUUGCUGCUGAGACUAAGGUGGAGCCUGUGGCAGAGUCGACAACGAACUAGACACACUACAAUUGACGUCUGAAUGUCUCCGAAACUCCCCUCAAAUGAUCCCAGUUCCCGCCUACCUCCCGCUCCCAGCACCACCUGUAAUCUCUGCACUACUCCCGCAAUCCGCAGUACCUCAACUAAUCCCAAUUGGCCAGUUAACCAGCGUAGUCUAAGUGUUUUUAUUAACGAGAUAAUACUCUCAGCCAGUAAAGGUUAAAAAAAAGAUGAAAGAAAAAACAUA